CUCCAAUUCUCUUCAUAUGGUGUGUGACAUAUCGCGUUCGAGCCACUGUUGAAGUUCACGCUCUUUCCUUUCCUCGAGGUUCCUGAAGCGGUCCGAGCAAUAUGGGUAAACCCAGAGGUCUUCGUACGGCGCGUAAACACGUCAAUCACAGACGUGAACAACGAUGGAAUGAUAAAGACUAUAAGAAAGCACAUUUAGGAACCAGAUGGAAGGCUAAUCCGUUUGGUGGUGCCUCUCACGCCAAAGGCAUUGUCCUGGAAAAAGUAGGAGUGGAAGCUAAGCAACCGAAUUCAGCAAUCCGUAAGUGCGUGAGGGUACAGCUCAUUAAGAAUGGUAAGAAAAUUACUGCAUUUGUACCAAGGGACGGCUGCCUCAAUAAUAUCGAAGAGAACGACGAAGUUUUGGUGGCAGGUUUCGGCCGUAAGGGUCAUGCCGUCGGUGACAUACCCGGAGUACGGUUUAAGGUCGUAAAAGUCGCAAAUGUAUCAUUACUCGCACUUUAUAAAGAGAAGAAGGAGAGACCCAGGUCUUAAAUAAAAAAAAUAAUAAAUCGUCGAUUCCCGAUAUA